AUGAAUCGGCUCGGCCUCCUCGUCCUGCUGACUGUGGCUGGACUGGCACUCGGGACAUGGGACAACUGCGGAGAGAUAUGUGGGCUUCGACCCAUGGUGUAUGAGUAUGAGUACAUGGACCAUGAUGACAACACGACACGCAUUGUGGGUGGCGCAGAUGCCAAGCCAGGGGCCUGGCCAUGGAUUGUCAGCCUUAAGCAUCCUGCAAUACCAGGCACAAGACAUCUGUGUGGAGGGUCUCUCAUCACGGCAAAGUGGGUUCUCACAGCAGCACACUGCUUCGACCGCAUUAGGAAAAUUGGCAUGGUGUAUCUGGUGAUUGGGGCCACUCAGUUGACUAAACCAGGACCUGGAGCACAAUUGCGCCGGAUUAAGAAGUUAGUGCGUCAUGAACACUAUAAUAAAAAUGACAAAAGUAAUGACAUUGCCUUGCUGGAACUGAGCAAGCCUGUCGACUGCAACUCCUAUACACAGCUGGCCUGUGUGGCGGACCCCACCCUAAUUGUCUCAGAGCUGCAGAACUGCUGGGUGGCUGGCUGGGGUUCCACUGCUGCAAGAGCUCAAAACUCAAGUGAUGUCCUACAGGAGGCCCAGGUCCAACUCAUCAAUGUCCAGCUCUGCAACAGCACUGGCUGGUAUGCAGGGAAAAUCCACACCCACAACUUGUGUGCUGGUUACCCACAGGGCACCAUCGACACCUGCCAGGGUGACAGUGGUGGUCCUCUCAUGUGCCAAGAGGAAAACGGUGACUACUUCUGGAUUGUUGGAGUGACCAGCUGGGGACAAGGCUGUGGCAGAGCAAAGCGGCCUGGAGUCUACACCUCCACUCAGCACUUCUAUGACUGGAUUGGGGUCCACAUUGGCCUGGAGACAAUUAAAAGUGCCUUUUGA